GUUGCCAAGGUUUCAGGUGGGCAACCAACCCAGAUCCAGGCAUCAUUGCCUGCAAACACAGCACCUGAAAUCCAAGGGGUCGUCCGCUUCUUUGCAUUUUCGAAAAGUUACCAUUUAACAGGAGAUGUUUAAAUUUAGCUUUUUUUUAACUAUUUCACCCGUCCCUGCCCAUGUAUACUUCUACUUUCACCGCCCACCCCCAACCAUUGCGACCACGUCAAUGAAUUUUGCAAAUGACAAAUAAAUCGAGGCAAAGAAUGAAUGGAACAGGUUGCUAUGCCUCUCAUUCACCAGCCACACCAGUCCUCCUGCUUUCUCUAACGAUUUUCAUUCAAUCCUUUCAUUGUAACGAGAAUGCUCCGGCCCGAGGAAAUAACGUGCUUGAAAAAAAAAGAAAAUUAACCUCGAUUUAUUACGCGGAUUCAUUUGUUUCCAAAGGUCGGUUUCUGCUUUUGAUAAGCCUGGGAAUCGCAUAUUAUCAGGAAAGGUGGUCGAUUGUUCGGAAACGUGAAAAGAGAAUGUAGGGUUUGCCAACACCUCCGUCGCUGAUCUACAUUUUUUUUUUGGAUUACCAACCUGCAGCACCGAAGCGGUACAGUUCCUGGCAUUCUCACUUCUAAUCCAGCCUCUACAGUAAACGGUAAUGCAAGAUCGGAACUGAGUAACACACUGGGCCAGUGGCAGGUGAACGAACACCCCGAGAAAACUACGACCUUCUCCUGACUAGAAAUAUGUGUUGCAAUCCAAAAAUAAAUUUGCGUGUAAGAAGGGACGUUCAGCGUGGGGUGAGGGGGGUUAAAUUAGAUAUUUUUUACAAAGCCAGUCCAGAGCUCCUGACGUUUCCGUUCAAGGUGGAAAUUAGAUUAGAGCGCUACUCCAGAGACACAACGUUUUAAAUAUCAUUUCAAAUAUAUUUACAAGUAAUGCGCCAAUGGAAACAGCGUUCUGAAACUAACAAGAGAAACCAAAAACAGAGAAACUGGCUAAGCGGACCCUUUUGUUUGUUUCGAUUACACAAUCGGCAAUUUCAUCAACAAUUAUUCAUCCAGAUUCUUAUAGCUAACUAGUCCUGGUACACUACAGUGGCCUCAGACCCACAUAUCUGACUGACAUCUGUUCAUCCACUCAAUCGUUCUGAAGCUUGCUGUACUGAAUAAACUGAUUUUACCCACUCCCAACCCCCAUUCGAUUUGUAACUAGUGUCAUUCAACGCGCAACUACGAUCUCUUACAGCGCCGACCAUUCAAAGCUUUUAUUUAAAGGCUGGCCGCCGAAUCAUAUAACAAAAAAAAUCACAUAUCUGGGAUCUAGAUUUUUUAAAAAACGAUGCAGACCAUCUGCUACUUUCUCUGACAGCUCACAACCCGAGAGAAGGAUCCCUUCAAGCUGAGCACAAAGUUUCAGAGCCGCGAACAGGCGAGUUUCUUUUACAUUCUCAAACGCUCACCCACGUCCUGCCUGAAUGCUAGAAAAAAGUGAAACUCUGUGUGAGACUCGGUGCCACCAUCGAAGGCGGUGCAGUCAACAAAAGUGGGUGGCGGGGGGAAAGCUUCAGCUCCUUCACAUAUCGUGUGGUCUUUCCCUUUUCGCUACUUAAAAAAAGCUCAUUUUGCUUACCCGGCUUUUAUUUUCCCACCCUCGGUGAAGGAAUGCCGAAUCCGGGACUGGAGGUGGUGUCUUUAGUUCCCAAGCGAUGAGCUAAGAUUGCUGUUGUCCCCAGUCAGAGGCAGCACCAGGCUCUCUUGGGUCUGCCGUUCAAAUGGAUGCGUGCACUGCUUUCCUCAAACCACCAGUGCCCCAGCCCCCGACUGCAGUUGGAAGUUGUGGAAAAAAAAAGUUCAGUCCAAUCCACUUUCAAACGUCUGAGGUCACUGCGGCAAAACGUCGCGAUACUGAACUGCAGGAGAGGAGAUGGAGACUUGGCUGUGUUGAUCCUUGGGAACUGCAGGCUUAUUGGGCCAGAGACGGAAAGCGUCCAUGCUUGGCACUUUCUCAGCAAGUGCCUGAGGAACUGGUGGCCAAGUCAACGAACCCAGAAAUGAUCUACUGCUUUGAUGAUUUCACUUAUCUGUUCAAAUAUGCCCUUUGGAGGAGUUUGGCAAUUAAAAUCCUCUAUGUGGCCUCUUCAACUCAGCUGGGCAUGAAGAGAACUGACAGAGGACUCCAGUUCAGCACAAAUGCAGAAUCUCUGGUCUGCCUGAAAAAUGAUUUUGGAGAUAUUCUGAGUGUGAACAGUAACAAGAGGCAGCAUCAUUCAGGCCUUACGAGAUUCCAUCCAUUGAUUCUCUCGGCAUAUUUCAGAGGUUUGUCAGGAGCUACAAGAUCUUCUGUUUGUUCAUUGAAUCUUGAUUUGGAUCUUCAUCCUAAAACACCUUAUUCCAAAUAUGGACAAGAAAAAGCUGUAUUCCAGAAGUCAGGUACAAGUGACUGCCCUUGAUAUCAAGGCAGCAUCUGACCGGAUGUGGCAUCAUGGA